UGCGUGGCUGGAGCGUGUGAUGAGCCCGACGGUCCCAGGAAGCAUCGCUGCUUAUUUAAUAUUUUAUGGCAAUAAAGACGGUGGGAGCGCGGAAUUUUGAGGUCAAGGGGUAAAAAUGAGGACCGUAAAAUGUUUGCCGAUUAUUUCAGGUUAGCCCGCUUCCGCCGUUAGAGGACUUUUGUAUGAUUUCGCGUUGAUAUCGGCGAUGUUUACUGUGCAGCCUGACAAGUUCCUCUAAAGGGUGUCCAAUAACUGGAGCCUCAAGCCUUCAACUGCCUAAAUAUUAGGCAGGGAGAUACGAAAAAAUACACAUUAUAUUUCUUUCUUCUGGGUUGUGUGGUGGCGGCAAGCCAAUAAUUGACUCUGGAGCAGGACACGGAGGAUAGUAUGGCCAUGACGGGAGGGACUGCAGCUGCCCUUCCCAUGAGCAACCACACCCGAGAGAGGGUGACUGUGGCCAAGCUGACACUGGAAAACUUCUACAGCACUCUGCUCACCCAGCACGAGGAGCGCGAAAUGAGGCAGAAGAAGCUGGAGAAGGCCAUGGACGAUGAGGGUUUACCAGACGAGGAGAAAGUAAUGCGCCGCUCACAGCACGCCCGUAAGGAGACCGAGUUUUUGCGACUGAAGAGGACGCGGCUUGGCUUGGAUGACUUUGAGUCUCUCAAAGUUAUUGGACGAGGUGCUUUCGGAGAGGUGCGUUUGGUGCAGAAAAAAGACACAGGGCACAUCUACGCCAUGAAGAUUUUGAGAAAAGCCGACAUGCUGGAGAAAGAACAGGUUGCUCAUAUCCGGGCAGAGAGGGACAUUCUGGUGGAGGCGGACGGUGCCUGGGUGGUCAAGAUGUUCUACAGCUUCCAGGACAAGAGGAACCUUUACCUCAUCAUGGAGUUCCUGCCUGGAGGCGACAUGAUGACCCUGCUGAUGAAGAAGGACACUCUGUCCGAAGAGGCCACGCAGUUCUACAUCGCAGAGACGGUCCUGGCCAUCGACUCCAUCCACCAGCUGGGCUUCAUCCACAGAGACAUCAAACCGGACAACUUGCUGCUGGACUCCAGGGGACAUGUGAAACUGUCAGAUUUUGGCCUGUGUACGGGACUGAAGAAGGCUCAUCGCACUGAAUUUUACAGGAACCUGACGCACAAUCCGCCCAGUGAUUUCUCUUUUCAAAAUAUGAACUCAAAGAGGAAAGCAGAAACCUGGAAGAAGAACCGGCGGCAGCUGGCUUAUUCUACCGUGGGAACGCCCGACUACAUCGCCCCUGAAGUCUUCAUGCAGACGGGAUACAACAAGCUGUGUGACUGGUGGUCUCUGGGCGUCAUCAUGUAUGAAAUGCUCAUCGGUUAUCCACCCUUCUGCUCUGAGACGCCGCAGGAGACGUACAGGAAGGUGAUGAACUGGAAGGAAACUCUCGUCUUCCCACCUGAGGUCCCCAUUUCAGAGAGGGCCAAAGACUUAAUAUUAAAGUAUUGCAACGAUGCUGAGAACAGGAUCGGAGCCGUGAGCGUGGAGGAGAUCAAGAGUCAUCAGUUUUUUGAGUCGGUGGACUGGGAGCACAUCAGGGAGCGGCCAGCAGCCAUCUCCAUUGAAAUCAAGAGCAUCGACGACACCUCAAACUUUGACGACUUCCCUGAAUCAGACAUCCUUCAGCCAGCCAGUGCAACGGAGCCGGACUUCAAAUCGAAGGACUGGGUGUUCCUCAACUACACGUACAAACGCUUCGAGGGCCUGACUCAGCGAGGCACCAUCCCCACAUACAUGAAGGCAGGGAAGGCCUGACACGCUGCAUCGUGGAGACAAAACAGACAUUUACGGACACAGGGUCGGGCCGCGGAGCCCCGCUGGUGCUGAAGGCCGCGCCGUCGGCCUCUCAGUCUAAAUUUAACCCUCAUCACAAGUUAUUUAGGUCUGCUCAGCCGCCGCAAGAACCGCCAAGAGCUCGGAAAUUAAGGAGCGUUACCGCAUUACCUCGGUUGUUUAUAUCGUACAUAUACCUGUGCCGUCUUUAGCCAUAGCUCUCAGGCCAGCGCACUAACUAGGACACUAAAUCAGCAUAUCUGCAUGUUCAGACGGCACAUUGCUUCUGGAGAGGAUUUUUUUUUUUACUGCCCAAAAGCAACUGUGCGAAUGAGGUGGGAAAACAAAUCACUGCUGCGACAUCUCCCCAGCGAUAGUUUCAACACUGGUGGCUAAAUUAUCUCUGAUGCAAACAGAAUUUUGAAUUCUGAAGAAAGCUCUAUAGACCUAUAGUCAGACUCUGAAAGAAUCGUGAGUAAGGACAGGUACCCCUCACUUGUUUCUCACCCCCGUCUUGUCCUCCUGUUUAUGGCUUUUAAAGGAACGUUCCAGCAGGAUUACGAGGGUUUUAGCUCACUUUCUGGAUUACCGGUAUAUUUAAGAAUUAUUCCAAUUAAGAAAGAAGGUAUUUAAAAGUGUGAGAAUUCUUCUUUUUCCUUUUGUUUUUAGCUGGCAGAAGCAUCUCGUUUUAGUUGUCUAUCUGUUGGCUUACAGAAAGUGGAGCCUGUUGCAACCUCAAACAUUGCCAUUCUUUAAGUCAGAAGAGAAAACCACCGGAGAUCGUGGUGGUGCAAGUUCUUUGUGGCAAAAUGGUAUUGCAAAUGGAAACUCAGUUAGCGUCAACAUUUUCUGAGGCAAUGGAAGGAAUGCUUAAUUGACUGUAUUGUAAUGCCUGGGCAAGGCUUGUUGACACAUUUUUAACCACACUAGCUGCAUAGCUCGAGGGAUGGCCAUGCUAGUCCACCAGGCUGGUCCAGCAUGAAACACCAUAAAACCUACUGGAUGGAUUGCCAUGGUGUAUUGUCAUCUACUAUCUUCAAAAUGAUAGUUUGUUCAACACUUUGGUCAAUGACCAAAUUAUCUCGAAAUCUCCCAAAUUUCUCAUCAGCCUCAGAGGUGUUUUAUGUUUAGCUUGCAGACAUGCCAAACUAAGAGAGUGAUGAAACAUCAGUGGUAAUCAGCAAACAUGGGAAACAUAAACAUGUCUGUGGUUGUUAGUAUGCUAAUGUUAGCAUUUGGCCUAAAACACAUAUAACUAACUACAGCCUCACGGAGCUGCUAGCAAGAAUGUAAAAAAAUGGGACAUUUAUAUCAUUAUAAUUGAAUUUUUCAACCAGAUUGCCAGAAUACAUUUUCACAAUAUGUUCCUGAAAAACAUGGAUAUGUUACAAGUUUAAAUUUCUUUAGGUUUAAUUUUCAGCCUUGUGAUCGUCUGGUUAUCUUUAGGUGCAAACGCUACUUGGUUAGGGUUAGGAAAAUGCCUGGAGAUCAAAAUCAAUAUCAAAUACCAAUUUUUUGUUGCCACAAACAUGACUUGAAAUUGUCUCGAGGGCCUGUACAAACAUCCAGCGGUUUCACUCAUAAAAAUGUUGAAAUGCAGUCUCAAACUGCGGUCAGUGGAGUAGCAGCCUUCUCGUAACUCUGCCACCAUCCCCGAUAUGACAGCCAUGUCAUAAGCACAUGACGUUAACGUGAUAUGACAUGUUUGCAGAACUGUACUGCCAACAUUUUGAUUCAGGCGACGUGGCCUGUAAUCCUUCCAAGUUUUUAUCAUAUUGGUAGUUUUUGCCUCUCAUUUCGCAGUGUCGGAGACUGAAUCGAACGUGUCUAGUUGUUUUCAGAAGAGAUAGAUCUGAAACCAAAGGGCAGAGCCUCGAAUCAUGCUGGAACCCCUCCUCGAAACCCUUUUGUGUGACUCACACUGCGACUUUGUGUCAGCCCUGUGGGGCGACUCUUCCUGUGGCACCGCCUCAGCGCCGUUGCUUUUCUCACAGAGGAACAACUUGUUGCCAGGAAACAUCUGAAUGCAGUUUACCCUGUGCUUGACAUCCGUUACUGUGGAGUGCUGCCCGUUCACUUAUGCCAAACAAAGUGCUGUGAGUGUGUCACUUCCCUUAAGAGCCUGUUGUUUUGUUCAGAUCAGUGUGACAGUAAUUGAUAUUUCCCCUGAUUUUAAUCCAGAGGAGCCAGAAACAGUCAACAGGUUAAUUCUUAGAUGGACAAAAAAAUUGCAAAGUGCCUUUUUAAAAAAAAAAGCUGAUAAAUAUUUCGCUAGAUAUUUUAGCAAUAUUAUCGGAUAUUAAACAGAAUAAUGCCAGUGAUAAUUACUAGGAGAAAUGAUAAUAAAGCUGUUUAUAGGAGAAAAGAAGCAAGAGGAGAAGCUAAAUGUGAAAAGGAAAACAUUAGAAUUUGAGGGGAAGUAACAACCCUGUACGUCUGCAGAGUGAUAAAACAGGGAUGAAACAAAGGCCGUAUAGGAAAAUCGCAAGAUAAUAAAACAUAAACAUAAACUUAACUUGUCAAGUCAAACACAAUGAACAAAGUGUCUUUGUCAAGUAAAGAUGAAAAUACACCGGGAAACUAAAUGACAAUAGAUUAAGAUGAUGGAUAUCUUAGACACAUGCAUGCUUUUUGUUUUAGAGAGUCUGCAGUGUCCGGUAAUUUUGAGAUUUAUUUUUUAUUUUUUUUGGCAAAUAACCCUUACAAUGCUAAAGCCGGGCCUGUCUUUCUCAACAAAACCACCCGUUCAGCCAUCACGCCUGCUCUGAAUCGUGACACAAUGCUACAAGUAGUUACCAAAGAACUCUGAUCAUCACACGUCGUGAUCUGAACACAUAUUCUGAUGUAGCCGACGCUCAACUGCACUCAGAACUACCUUUCCAAGAGAGCUUAGCUUGGUUAUGGAAUAAUUUGCCAUUUCCAUUUCUACACUCGUCAACGAGUGAAUCUGCGGCAGAGACAGAUGUCUCUCAGCUAGGACAACUGUUGUGUGUCAAAAUGGCAGGAAGAGCUAUAAAAGUAAACGCAGGGACAGGAAAUAUACUGAGGACUCUGACAUAUUUGGAAGUUGAGCUGUAGCCUUCGCAGGAAUCCCAUGUUAAGCUGUUCGUGGUGCUAUUUCUGGGGGAUCGAUGGAGGAAGUGGUCUUGCAGAUUGAUGAAUUACAGAGAUGUAAUAUAAUACACCGCACCUCCUGUUAUAUUUUAUCUCUUCAACUGUAAUUCAUCCGUGUAGUUCUGUUAAAAUUGGUGGAGAAAGACUGAAAAAAAGACAAACAACGUAAGCAAUGUACAAAAAAAAGUCGACCAUUAUGUACAGUCCUGCAUUAUUCAUUAUUUUCAUGUUUUUUCUAGUUGAGUAAAUUACAUUUUGGGCUAAUGUUUAAUGUGUUGAAAUUGGAUGAUUUUCAUGUCAGUUGGUUUUCCCUGGAAGCUAGACGUGCUCUCUGGCGAUUUAGCAUUCCACUUGCGUAAACGUUAGGGACAAUUUUUAAGAGAAUUGUUAAUUUACGUCCAGAAGACCCAGAAACAGUGAAUCCCACACUUCCCAUAAUGCAACAUGAUAGCAGCUUUAAUUUGAACCAUCCCUAUCCCCCCCGUUAAUAAUGCAGGCAUUCUGUCGCUAUCUGUUGUCCCUAAACCCAAGCUGAGAUAAACCUAAUGACAUCACUAUGACCUCAUCAGGGUCAUUUCUUCUAGCUUUAAAGAGCCCCCCCUCCAGAGCCACUGAAGAUCUGACUCAGCUCUUUCACAGGCUGAGUAGUUCUCCCCAAUACAAAUACACUGAACAGUGUGGAGGAGUGCCCCUUUAAUGCAUCACGUCAGUUAUGCAACUCUGAUUGGCCAGUAUCCCCCCCUUAUGUUACAGUAUGAUUGUAACCCAAAUACCAGCGUCAUCAAAGCUAAGCCCAGGAUAUACAACAGAUGCAUGAUGGGGGAUUUUGGUGAUGGCUGCAGAUUCCCGGUUGUGUCUAAUCCCUAGAACACUCUGACACAACCUGGAAAAUGCCAAACUUUUGUAUUCAGAGCAUCCUGUUCCUCAGCCAAACUGCUUUUCAAAACUGUUCCACGACAGACAGGUGUGUGUGUGUGUGUGUGUGUGCGUGUGCGCGACCGCAUCAGUGCGUCAGUGCUUUUUGUUGUGAGGUGAUGUGUGACCUUGUUCGGUGUCAAAAUCUCAUGUUCUGUGUUGUGAUAGAGGACAUCUCACCCUUUUGUUUCCUAGAGUAGAUGCACAGGAUGUGGAAAAAGGAGAGUAAAUACUGUAUUUUGGGAUCCACACAAUUCUAUGUAUGUACGAGAUGACUUGAAAUCCAUUACUGUGCCACUUUAUCUAAAAGGAGCUAUAUUAUUUAGACGCCGGUUCUCCGUGAGAGUGGGAAGAGUUCAGGAAACGUUUCACUUUUAUCAAAAAUUAAGCUCGACAAUUCAUUUCUAAUGGACCAACCCAGCUUACUGACUCAACCCUGUGAUGUUUAGAGAUGUAACCUCCCUGACUCAGAGAGCAGGGAACAGCUAUUAAUUCUUUUAAACAAGCAUAUUACAUAAAGAUGAAAGCAGAUCAAGUGUCCGUUCACAUUCGGAAUCUAAUUUGAUGCCCGAAUGGUCGACUUCUCUGUCUUUGAAACCUAAAGGCCCCACAACUGAGCUCAUAAUAUGUAAUUUCCCCCGCUUGUCAAAGCAAGAACUCACAUUUAAAAGGUUUAAACUCCCCACCGUCCCUCUCCACAGGCCAGGACUAUAUUGUGCGGUAUUUCUGUGUUAUGCUGUGUACAUAUCGUUGUAGACACUCGAAGGAAAACUGUCCGUGGAUUGAAGGAAGAAAUGCUCAUUAAUAUAUUCAUUCACGUUGAUGAGUUUUUAUGUUCAUAAAACGCUUAAAAUAAUAAAAAUUAAACACUUAAAAGUC